AUGUCGACUGGCACUCUCUUCAUCCGUGACUCACGCACUAACCUGAACUAUGAGAUUCCACUCUACCGAAACGCCGUCCGCGCGACCGAUCUGCAGCGCAUCCGGGCGCCUUCACUGAACAGCGAUCGCGCAGACCAAGUGGCCCAUGGACUACGAGUCCACGACCCCGGGCUGCAAAAUACAGCCGUGACUCAAUCGGCAAUAAGUUUCUCCGAUCAUGAGCACGGUCUACUUCUGUAUCGCGGAUAUACUCUUGACCAACUCUGGGGAUCCGAAUUCGAAGAGAUGUUUUACCUGCUGCUGUGGGGAAAAUAUCCAUCGAAAGAUGAAAGCGAAGAGUUACGACAGAGACUGGCACGCUAUAUGCAGGAUGUGCCUGAUAUAGUUCGCCAGACCAUUUGCAAUCUUCCCAAGUCGACCAGUCCCCUACCGCUAAUUACAGCCGGCCUUUCAGCCUAUUUGGCCUGUAUACCCGAUGCCAUCCCAGCAACCAGCAAUGCCACGAUGUAUCAAACAGACAUCAAAGCGGCCGACGAAAUCAUCCUGCAAACUGUAGCAGCGUACGCUGUCAUAUUCGGCACAGUCCGAUCCCACCGACUAGGUAUCCCCUGGAGAAGUCCAUCCCUGGGGCAAACCUACUAUGAGAACCUCUUCACAAUGUCCGGCCUCAUAAACCCCGCCACAAACCAUCCAGAUCCAAUCCGCAUCUCCUGUUUUCGCCGCUUCGGCAACCUCAACGCCGAGCACGGAAUGGCCCUGACAGUAUUUUCCGCACUCGUAACAGCCUCCUCACUAACAGACCCAGUCUCAUGUCUAAUCUCCGCCGUAACCGCCGCCCAUGGACCCUUGCAUUUCGGCGCGACGGAGUCCGCUCAACGCGCACUACAAGCCGUCGGCAAACCCAAGAACGCUCCGGCAUUCAUCGACGAAGUCAAGUCCGGAAAGCGGAAAUUAUUCGGGUACGGACAUCGCACGUACAAGGCUAUGGAUCCGCGCGUGCGUCCAAUUCAGACUAUCCUGCGGGAUUUGAGACACGUGCAUCAACCGCUUCUGGAAAUUGCCGAGGCGAUUGAGGAAGUAGCUGGGAAGGAUGAGUACUUUAGGGCUAGGGGUUGUACCCGAACGCCGAUUUUUACGGGAACUUCUGGCUUCGAACCUGAUAUUAUUCCUGGUGCUAUGCUGGCUCAUCGCAUAAUGGGUAUCAUGGCGCAUUGGCGUGAGUACACGGGUAAGGUCAACAUUCAGGGUCUUGUCGGCUACACUGACGGGAAGUAG